GAAUGUGGGCAUGCACCCAAUCUUAUAAACACCACUUAGAGUCCUUCUCUUAGAAGACAUACGGUAGUGCUUCCGCCUUCGCUUGCAUCUCGGGAAAGAAGGGGCGGAGGUUUUUAUGUCAUCAGCCUGCGCUCGCCUGCCCCGCGACGCGCCGGCGGCUGGCGCAGCCUUUCGCUCGCCCGGCCUCCCCCUCCCUGGUUCCGCGCUCUGGUUCCGCCAUGGAAUCUAACAAGGAUGAAGCCGAGCGCUGUAUUAUCAUCGCCCUCAAGGCCAUUCAGAGCAACCAGCCCGACCGGGCCCUCCGCUUCCUGGAGAAGGCGCAGCGGCUGUAUCCGACGCCGCGAGUUCGCACCCUCAUCGAGUCUCUCAACCAGAAACCACAGCCUGCUGGUGACCAGUCCCAACCCACGGAGGAGAGCCAUGCAACACAUAAAAAAGCAGAUGGGACUGAUGCCCCGUCGGCCAACGGUGAAGCUGGAGGCGGAGAGAGCACCAAAGGCUAUACUACGGAACAAGUAGCGGCCGUGAAGAGGGUCAAACAGUGUAAAGAUUACUACGAGAUCCUGGGAGUGAGCAGAGGGGCCUCAGAUGAGGACCUGAAGAAGGCCUACCGCAAACUGGCCCUCAAAUUCCACCCAGACAAGAACCAUGCGCCUGGUGCCACUGAGGCUUUCAAAGCCAUUGGCACAGCAUAUGCAGUACUUAGCAACCCAGAGAAAAGGAAACAGUAUGACCAGUUUGGGGAUGACAAGAGCCAGGCAAGCCGGCAUGGCCAUGGGCAUGGGGACUUCCACCGUGGCUUUGAGGCUGACAUCUCACCUGAAGACCUCUUCAACAUGUUCUUUGGUGGUGGCUUCCCUUCUAGUAAUGUUCAUGUCUACAGCAACGGCCGCAUGCGCUAUACCUACCAGCAAAGACAGGACCGAAGGGAGAACCAGGGUGACGGCGGGCUGGGGGUGUUUGUACAACUGAUGCCCAUCCUCAUCCUGAUCCUCGUGUCAGCUCUCAGCCAGCUCAUGGUCUCCAGCCCGCCCUACAGUCUGAGCCUGAGACCAUCGGUGGGCCAUGUCCACAAGCGAGUCACCGACCACCUAGGCGUCAUCUACUAUGUGGCAGACACCUUCUCGGAUGAGUACACAGGCUCCAGCCUCAAAACAGUAGAACGGAAUGUGGAAGAUGAUUAUAUCGCCAACCUCCGAAACAACUGCUGGAAGGAAAAGCAGCAAAAGGAAGGCCUUCUAUACCGGGCCCGAUACUUUGGCAACACAGACAUGUACCACAAAGCACAGAAGAUGGGCACCCCGAGCUGUAACCGACUGUCAGAGGUGCAAGCCUCCCUGCAUGGAUAGUCCUGGACCCGCCAUGCCACCAAGGUCCAAAGUAUGAAAUCCCUGGAGAAUUUUUGGUGACAUGCACUGAGCCAAGGUGAUGGACUGUAUAUUUAAGGAAAGACAUAAAAAGAAAAAAAAAAUUAAAAUGGAAUUGGAGGCCGAAUGCCGCACAGCUGCCCUCUCUCUCACCCAGUAAAUGCAGAAAGCUCUUAGGACAGACAGGAAAACCUGCCACGGGGCUGCUUCCCUUCCUCCCAGGGCUGGCAGAGGCUCAGGCUCCACAUCAGCUCUCUCCUAAGAUACGGAAACCAUGGCAACGAAAGUAGAAUGUAAAACUUGCAGCAAACGUCUGUGGGAGUCUGUGGGAAGGGCAGGGGAGGGGGCACCCAAUUGCCUUUCUUCCCCUCCCAGGAGCCACCAUCCACAAGUCGCCUCUCAGUGGAAGCCAGUCAGAGGUGAUGACUGAGGACAGAGAAGAGGAAAGAAUUCUCCAUAGAAUGUAAUUUAUAGAUGCGUGUAUAUGUAUAUAUAUCUAUUUAUAUGUAAAUAGUCAUAUAUAAAGAUAUAUAUAUAUAUAUAUAUAUCUAGAGUCUACUUUUUAAACUAUGCAGUGAUUUGGUUCAGUUGUUUAGCUGAUUUCUCCCAUUUUAGAAUACAAAGCCUGUUUGGGGAAGGCUACCUGGUCCUUCAGAGGCCGGACAUCAGCCACAGCUGACAGCAUAAGGAAAAUUGGGUCAUACACUUUGCGUGCUCCCCCAACCUCAGCCUGUUUUUGAUGGCAGCAGUAAUCAUGAGUAUAAAUCUAUAGAAAACGUUUGAAGGUUGCCAGGUUUAUUGUUAAGCUAUUGGAGAGCAGGCUGUGGAGGGAGAAAAGGGGCCCCUGAAGACAGGUACCAGGUCACUUUUGAGUCAUGAUAGAAAUCCCAGACAGGGCCUGUGGGGGUGAGAACAUCCUCAAGCUUUGGCCAGCUCAGGUGGGCUCUUUGUCUUGGUGGCCAGGAGCUCUCUGACCCACUGCCACAGAGAACAGCAGAGCUAGAAAGAGAGAGACCAGGUUCUGCCUGACCACCUCCACCCCCCUUAGUCCCUAAGGAUUUUGCCUUAUAGGUGCCACAGGGCACAGCUCCACUGGUUUUUCCUAAGUCGUGCACCAAGGACUCCAGAGGCUCUCCCUGCAAGAGUCACCAGGUAUGCCCGGGACAACAGGGCAGCAGCCGACUCCUGAAGAAAGCCCAUCCCGUGGCACCAAUCCCCGCCCACCAUGGAUGUGACACGCCGGCCUUCUCUUGGUCUUUGGACAAAGGAUGCACCUGAACCAGAAGGGUUUUCUCACCCUUACCUUCCAAUGAAGAUUUUUCACAAAACAGCAGUUGCUGCCAGGGAGAGGGAAGGGGAGUUUUAUUUAUUCCCACAGUUUAUACUGGGUCUUUUGGAAUUGCCAUUCCUCCCAGAUUUUCCUCAUGGGUGGGUGUCAUUGAGCCUGCCAUCUUCCAAAGCCUUACGUCCCCAUGCUGCCAGCCAGGAGAUGAUAACCAUCCUACCAGUUUCUCUUGGCUCUUUUUUUUUUUUUUAAGACCACCCCCCUUCUCCCCCAACAAAGAGGAUUCUUGCUGACAGACAAAGGUCAGUAAAGAAAUGUCAAACUGAUUUUUAAACAAGUUCCUGCCCUGUGAAGAAGCGGCCACCCGGCCCAGAGGGAUGAUAAGAACAGGACAUGGGCGAGAGCGCCCUACUGCGGUGGCCCUGGUGCUCUGCCCCCACCACCCUGACUGGGCUUGGUAGAUGUCCCUAGAUGGCUGAGCCAUGUGCAAUAAGAACACAGAUCCUAAAGGAUCCCUGAGAGGCUGUGUUUCUUGAAUUAGAAUUCUGGAAUUGUACAUCUAUAAAUAUAUGUUUAUUAUGUGA